UCCGCUCCCUCCGCCCGCCAUGGCCGACGCGAUCGCCGAAGCCGCCGCCCGCCGCGCCGCCGUCGUCGCCAAGUACCGGAGGGUUCUCCUCUCGUGCCGGGAGCUCGAGUCCCGCGUGCGCACAGGGGGAGACAAGCUGAAGAGCAGUAAGAAGGAACUUGAGAAAACUAAAGAGCACGUCCAGGCGUUACAAAGCCCCGGGCAGACGGUCGGAGAGGUGCUGCGCGCGAUUGACAAUGACCGCUUUAUUAUAAGGAGUAGCGCCGGCCCUCGGUACGUUACCAACUGCCGCACUAAGUUGAACAGGGAAAAAUUGACACCGGGCACGCGUGUGUGUCUUGACAAUGUGACACUUACAAUCAUGCGCAUACUUCCGCGCGAGGUGGACUCUUCAGUGUACAACAUGAUUCAUGAGGAUCCAGGGAAUGUCAGCUACUCUGCUGUUGGAGGGCUAUCUGAACAGAUCAGGGAACUUAGGGAGACCAUCGAGCUUCCACUCAUGAACCCUGAAUUGUUCCUCCGAGCUGGGAUUAAGCCACCCAAGGGAGUGCUCCUUUACGGCCCACCUGGGACUGGGAAGACGCUGCUGGCGAGGGCUAUUGCAAGUAACAUGGACGUCAACUUCAUGAAGGUUGUCUCAAGUGCUAUCCUUGACAAGUACAUUGGUGAAAGCGCUCGGAUGAUAAGGGAGAUGUUUACCUAUGCACGUGAUCAUCAGCCCUGCAUCAUCUUCAUGGAUGAAAUCGACGCAAUUGGAGGAAGAAGAUUCAGUGAGGGUACAAGUGCUGAUCGUGAGAUCCAGAGGACGCUCAUGGAACUGCUACACCAGUUAGAUGGCUUUCAUGAACUUGGAAAGGUGAAAGUAAUAAUGGCAACCAACCGGCCGGAUGUUCUGGACCCUGCUCUCUUACGUCCCGGACGUCUGGGUUGCAAGAUUGAAAUUCCUCUUCCUAAUGAACAGGCGAGGCUUGAAAUCCUCAAGAUACAUGCAGCUGGGGUUGCCAAGCACGGCGAAAUCAAUUACGAAGCGGCUGCAAAGCUAGCAGAGGGAUUUAACGCUGCCGAUAUGCGUAAUGUCUGCACAGAAGCUGGCAUGGCAGCAAUCCGAGCAGAGCGUGACUACGUCAUGAAUGAAGACUUCAUGCAGGCCGUGAGGAAACUUGCCGACGCAAAGAAGCUAGAGUCCCGCGCCGACUACAAAGUGGACUUUUAGAGAAUGACAAGGCGAAUUAACCAGCUGAUCCUUUUUGAUGCGAAGCUUUAGCUAUGUCGAUCCCUGCAUUUGAACAAGGAAAUCAUGAGAUGUAUGAUCCAGAUGCUACCGUGAUUCUCUUCUGCGAGACUGAUCCGCGCCCUGGCCCUAAAUGUUGGGGAGUCUCUCUUUGCAAUUGUGCACCCUAGAUGAAACUGAUCAAUCCUCACCAACCCUAGAUGAAACUGAUCAAUCCUCACCAACCCUAGAUGAAACUGAAAUACUCUGCUCUGCUUUGCCGAUGUCUUGAUAUAAAAA